AUGUCUCGCAGCGCCGAUACGGCGUCCAUACUAUCACAUGCCUCCACGCGACCUGGCACCUUCCAUUCCCACCCCAGCCGCGGCCCAAUCUACACCCUCGACACCUUCUCCAGCAACGACUUCAUAGUAAAAGACUUUGUCGAGUCUCUCACCGACACUGCAAUACCACAGCGACGAUCAGGACCAGUAGGUAAUAGUACAGCACAAGUCUUCGACCCCAAACCACUCAUCCGCACAUUCGAGCACACGCUUUCACGACUGCGGACUUUAUCUGAGGAUCUGGAAGUACGAGAGAAUGAGCUCUCGGGUAGUGUACGCCGGGCCGAGAGCCAGCAUAAUAGUAAUAUCAAGUCGCGGGAGCAAGAGCUGGAGAGGACGAUUGAGGCUUUUCAUCGGCUGGAGAGGACGCUGGAUGGGAAUGGCGAUACCGGCGGGAAUGUGGCUAUGCAGAUUGGUGAGCGGCUGGACGAGCUAGAUCGACAGCGGCAGAGGGCGCAGGAUGCGAAGUUCAUAUUGCAGUGUUGGUUGGAGGUCAGUGAGCGAGGUGAUCUCACCGCUUUAGAUGAUGUGAGGAGGCUGGGGGGUGGAGAGGGCAAAGUUAGGUGUGCGCAUAUUGCGAGACAGCUGCUGAAGAUCUCGCACCGGCUUGAUCCUGUCGCGAAUGGGAAAGGGCAGACGAAUGGAGUUCACCUCACGAAUGGAGCAAAUGGCGAUCACGAGGACGACGAUUCCAUGGAAAGUGCUGUCAAGUCGCGAAACCGUGGCGGACAGCAACCGCGAGAGAUCAUCGAGAAGUUCCUGGAGAUGCUGGAGAAGGACCUCCUACAUUCUUUCGACGACUUCUAUCGACGGCAGAACUUCGAGGGCAUGCGGGAGUGUGCAGUGGCGCUCCGAGACUUUAGUGACGGCGCGUCCGUGAUCUCCCUCUUCGUCAACCAGCAUCAAUUCUUCAUCGACCGUGCGCAACUUGUCACGGAAGAUCUCGCCGUCGACACCGAGACGUGGGAUCGACUGGCAGAUCCUGAUACGGAGCCGCCUGGCGUUGAACCGAGUUUGCAGAGUUUGAUCGAUGAAGUGAAGGUUGUGUGUCAGGAGGAGAGUUUCAUUAUCAAGCGCGCGUUUCCGUUCCAUGAAGAGGUGCUGGCGAGGUUUCUGCAGCGAGUAUUUCAGCAGUCGAUUCAGCAGAGGCUGGAGAUGGUGCUCAACAAGGCCGACUCCAUCUCUUCACUGGCAUUCCUGCGGAGUCUGCAAGCUUCAAGAUCCUACAUCUCUGCAUUAGUAGAGGAUCUCAAGGCGCAUGGCUUGACAGAACAUCCUGACCCAGCGUCUAGUGUCACAUCUACUGUGCUCGAUCAGCAGCUGGACGAGCUCUUCGUGCCGUACUUCACAGGAUCAUCUUACAUCGAACGCGAAAAGCGCAAUCUCAGCGAGCUAUUCGAAGGUCUGUUAUUCAAGUACCAGAUCUACCACUCACGAAGAAGGAAGAUGCAGCCCUCGACAUACCUUGGUCAGCUGGCUGCGAGAGGUAAUGAGUACAUCAGUAAUGCACGAGAAGCGUACCUGAAACGGCUCGACACCAGUGACCUACCAGCUGGUCAGAAGACCAUGCUCCUGCGUAUUGCUGGGCUACACAAUGAGAAGGAGCUGACUGGACAGAAGGAAAUCGAUGUGACGGAUGAAGAUGGUCGGCUCAGUCUACCCGUCACGAAGCGUUUGCUCAAAUGGCUGGCUGAAGGUGUGGGACGUGGCCUCGAAUUGGCUGGGGGUGGCAACGAAACACCCAAGGAGAUUCGUGAACUCCUCCACCUCUUGAUUGCGAACGCUGGCGAGGUCUACCUUGAGACAGCUCUCGACAGCAUGUUCGAUCAUGCCGCUGCCGCCGAAGCGAGCAAGAGUGCCGAGCCGGACUUCAGCUACAUUACAGAUCUUCGGCCAGCAAUAAGCGUGCUACAUCUUCAGCUAACCACGAUACAAAUGCUGCUCCUUCCACUAGCAUCGAACAACCUCAUCAUCCGUCGUGGGCUCGAGAAGGAGACCACCGCCUUCACAGACCGCAUGGAGAACAAAAUCGACAUCAUCCUGCAGAGAACAAUCGACGCAGCACUAACCUGGACCUCCCGCCUCCUUUCCAGCCAACGCAAAACAGACUUCCGCCCCCGCGACGACACGACCCUCCAACUCGACCACCUCCAAACCUCCACCUGCCAAAGCAUCUUCACCUUCCUUUCCCGCCUCCACUCCCGCACCACCACCGCCCUCUCCAGUCGCACCCUCCACCAAUCCUUCAGUCUCGAACUCGCCCUCGGCCUGCGGGGCUUACUACUUCAACACUUCAAAUCCUUCCCCGUCUCGCAGACCGGCGCCCUCGUCGUCUCGAAGGACAUCACAAAGUACAUCGAACUCUUGCGAAAGUGGGAACUCCCCGCGUCCUUUGACCCGAGUCUGGAGGUUUUGACCGAGGUGGCGAAUCUGUUCGUCAUUAGUCCUGAGGCGCUUAGGGAGCGGUUGAGGAAUUUCGGGACUGGGUUGGUCGGGGUGGAGAGGGGCGAUUUGAGGCCUUUUGUGCUGAGGAGGGAGGAUAGUGGGAGUGUGGGGGUGCAGGCGGCGUUGAAUGCGUUGUGA